GAGUGGGCGCUUAUUCGAGGUUGGCGCUUAUUCGAGGCUGGGCGCUUAAUAAAUUUUCACCAUUUUCAAGAGGUGUAAGAUGUAUAUUUUGCAACAAAACAGUAAAUGGUAAUAACAAAACGCGAAGAUGUAACAAAGCAGCGUUUCGGCAAAACACUCUGAAGAAAACUCCGUCUUCGGGCAAGUCUCUUAUUAGGACUUAUUCCUUUUUGGGGGGUGGUAGGUGUAAGGGGGUGGGCGCCUAUUUCAGGUUGAGUGGGAGUGGGAGGGGGGUGGGGUAGGGGUGGGCGCUUAUUCGAGGCUGGGCGCUUAUUAACUUUUUCUGCCUUUAGGUUGGCGCUUAUUCGAGGUGGGCACUAAUUAGAGGUUGGGCGCUUAUUUGAAUAAAUACGGUAUUUAACCCAUUCGCCCCUGAACCGCCCGUAACCGCCCGUGUACGACAACCCCCGAAUUCCCUGAACCGCCCGUAACCGCCCGUAAAAAUGGCCGCUGGAUUCAGUCCAUUCCCCUCUCCUCCCGGGUGUUUUUUUGUCUUUUGUUUUCACAGAGUGAUUGAUGGAUAAUAAACCAAUCAUUUGCCAUCUUUUGCGCAUUUUUUGACAGAUGAUGAGAAGUACCACAGGGUCGGGUUUUUCGAAGAGCACGAGUAAAAGAAAUUCGCGAGAGCAAUGGCCGCCCGUGUCGAUUUCGAAUCAAAGUUCGCAUCACGUUUGAGAGAAUAUAGAGAUAAUUCGACUCUUGAUCACUUCAGGUUGUUGAACAGACCUUGUGAAAAACCUUCUGAUUGAGAUUUAAACGAUCUUAAGACUGAAAAAGACAAUCCUAGCCCUCAAAUUGCCGAGCGCUUCGUAGGUAAACAAACCGCAUGGACUAUCGAUGAAAACUUACCUCGUUCAUUUCAUUUACUUGCAUCCAAGUACCGUGUUCCUCGCAGCAAAUGUUUUAAAUGUAACUGUUUCUUGAACUGCUGAAGGUGAUGCUUUUGUAGAGUUAAAAGUUUGAACAAGGAAACGGAUUAUGUGCGACGAUCGAUUUGGAUUGACAAUCCCCAUGAAUAAAAUUUACUUCACAUCGCGCGGAAGCUCACGGAGAAUAAACGGUAACCGUCUUUUUAUUCAAUUAUUUACAGUUGCCAAAUGAUGCUUUUUGUGUGCUUAUUUUCUUUUUUUAUAACUAUUAACACCUAUCGGUUUGUGCAUUGGUAGAUAAAGCAUUAAUAAAGCAAGUUUGGCAUUUAACUUAUUUGUGCUUUACUUUGUUGAUCGGACAUGAUCGGGGAGGCACUUCAGUUCAGGAUAUCAAAUACGCUUCCCUGAAAGAUUGCGGCUUUGUCACCUUCUCUGGUGAAAGUGAUCAUUUAUUUUAUUGUUGACAUUCAAGAAUCGAAAAAUAUAUGAAAGAGUGGGAAGCUGAAGUCCAGCAUUCCCUUUUUUUAUUAAGCUUUCCCAUGCUUGAUGAUGUGGAACUCUUCUGUUCAGAUCGCUCUUCGUGAAGUGAUCAUCACCGAAGUUUCACUACAUUUUUCUACGGUGCUUCUCGACUGGACUGAUCUGAAAGAGAACUUAAUGAAAUAACUUUCAGUAAAAUGACUUUACAGUGUUGUUGAUGUUUUAUCGACUGUGUUUAUUCCUUUAACAGCGUUUUUGUUCCCCGUUUCACCAUUGAUUUAUCAGUGCAAUUAUCGCGCGGCGAAGAAAUUUUGUUGAAAUUCAUUGUUUUCGCCUCUUUCCACAGCUUUUUCUUUCUCAAAUUGCUAUUUUUUUUACAUACCCUGGCUGCCCAUUAACUCAUCUAAAAGAAAAAGUUUGUUUGAAAGCCAGAGUUUAUCUCUGGUUUUACUGCGCAUAUGGUUUAUUUUAGGCGCUCGCGUACGCUUAUUUUCAACCGAAAAUUGCCAGGGAAUUGGGGGGUUGUCGCACGUAAAAGUCCCAGGAGUGAAUGGGUUAAAGACCUUGAGUAUUUGUCAGGUCCCGGGAGUCGAACCCAAUACCUCAUGCUCUGCAUUCAAGCGCUCUAUCAACUGACCUAGUUAUUAAUUUGUACAUCUGUAUUGAUUCUGGUUGAUUAAUUUUUCAGUCAUAAACCUGUAAUGCUGAUCAUUCACAAGUCGUGGUGUGGAGCGUGCAAAGGUAGGUCACUGCAGAACAAACAUUUUUGAUAAAUUUUCAUGAGCUACAGAAUAUAAAGGGUGAUAUUUAUGCAAAACAAUUGAGAUGUGUCUUUCACAAGACACGUCCUAAAUAUAUUAAUAAGGUUGCAUCUUAUUUAGGAUGCGUCUCAUUCAAGACAAGACUUAGUUUUUAUUGUAUACAUGGUCGUAAUGUUUCUUUCAAAAUUGUCUUAUUUCUGGUUUUUCAGCAAUUUCUGUCAGUAUAUCAUUUCAAUGAGAUUCUGCUUGCUACUUUUCUCCUAUUAACAAAAUGUCCAGUGUUUAUUUCCCUGGAUGAGAAGUAUUAGUUGCAUGUACAUGCAGUUAAAAACCCUUUUGCGCUUUGUUUUUCAGCUCUGAAACCAAAAUUUGCUGAGUCCAAAGAAAUUGGAGAACUAAGCAAGAAUUUUGUGAUGAUCAAUGUUGAGGUAUAUAAAUUUAAUUCCUAUAGAUAAUUACAUACUUUCGCCAAAAAUACCUUCAAGUAUUCAAAAAGUUCUGCCAGACAGAGUUGGGAUAUACGAUGACGGAGGUAUGCACUGCCUGGGUUGUAAGUGUUUUUGUUUGAAUAUCUUAAGGAGCAUAUCCGUGUCCAAAACCUUUUGUUCAAUUAUGGGGUAUCUUCUUGGAGGACAAAAGAACCUCACAAUGGCAACAGUGGUAUAAACAUUCCAGAACUGAGUCUCAAACGUUUGCCAAGCUAAAAGAACAAGCUUCGGACUCAUUUGAACAGGACAUCAUACUAAAAUUUUGGCUAAAACACAGUUUUAGUAAGAAAGGGACAUGGCCACAUUAUUUGUAUUUUUCUGUCAAGUACGGCAUUAUUUUCACUGCUAAGGGACCUUUGAAAUGAAAAUACAGAAUAACUUGAAAGUACAUUUCUGUCAAUCAAAUGGUGCAAACAAUACCGGAAAAAAAACAAUAAUUAGUCGAAGCAUUGAAAGAAAAGAAGUACAAAUCUGAGAGAUGGCCAUUAUUGGGAGUUUGUAUUAAAAAAUUGGCAAAGCUUUAAGCUCAAGAUCACAAAAUGAAGUUAUAAUAAUUAGUGAAAACCUGUUUUUCUGGUUUGCAGGAUGAUGAGGAGCCACAGGAUACCAAGUAUCAAAUUGAUGGAGCUUACAUCCCAAGGAUAUUUAUUUUAGGUACCGGUAAACAAAAAAUUGGCUGGUGUCACCCAGGGUUUUUGGGUCUGAAGAAAACAAGGGUCUGUACUUCAUCUUGCAGCUCAGUUUACCAAUUUUUUGAUAUAUACUAUGCUUUUGUUUUUGGAUAUGUUGAAAAAAGUUUUGGUAGAUUAGGAGGUGCACUCGCCAGUUUAAAGGAGGUUUAUUGGUACAUAAUUGAUAGCCAUCUUCCUCACCUAACCUUUCUUCUUUUUUUCUUUUUUCGGUGGGAGGAGGACACAGGCUGGCAUGGAGUGCCAGACAUGCGUGGCAGAAGAGAGGCGAAAAAAUAACUCAUAAUAGUAAUAAUUACUUUUUUAACCUCUUUGUUAUCACACAUGUUUGGUGCUGCCCACCCAUACCAGCCUUGCACCUGCCCUCUCUUGCCUGAAAAAUGCAAAACAAUAAAGCACCUGCCAAACCUGGGAAAGAACCUCUGACUCUGAGAGCAACUAGGGAGAGAACCAACAACAACCUGAACCCACCAUGGUGUUGUCUCUGUAAUCCAAACCUUAAGGCCACUGGGUGGGAGGCAAUAACUGCAAGUAUUAGUCUCACCACUGUACCACCCCAACCCUCAAGUGUAAGCUGGUGUUUCGAAAAAAAAAACUUAAAAACUGUUGUUUAAUGUUGGAGUUCAAAUUUCGUUUUUCAGACUCAUCAGGCAGGGUCCAAAAGGACAUUUAUAACAAGAACGGAAAUCCUUCAUACAAAUAUUACUAUGGAAACGCACCCGCAGGUGAGUAAGGCUAGGUUUUUAUACGAUCUGCAAGGGUCUGGAACACAAUCAGCAACUGAUCUGGGUCCUGUUAAUGUUGCAUGCAAGUGGAAACAUGUGACCUCUCUAUCUGAGGUGGUCUAUUGCACACGGUCCUCUGAAACAUCCUCUGACGCAUCCCCAGUCAAGAGGUUACCGAACGGCUGCAGGGGACUAUUACGGCAUCUUGUGAAAUUUGCUUCUACUAUUGCGACACUCAAUCAAGCUAAUUUCUAAUGGGAGCAUUUGCCCGGGAUGAUAUGACGGAUAUUGACGACACUAUUGUCCCUUUCAAACAGGUGUCAUUUAUUUUCCAAUCAAACUGGGGGAAAAUGCUUGGUGCCGUUUUUGCCCCCAUAAAUUCAAGUUAGAUAAACAUGACACAUCUUCGAUCGCUAAAAUGAAUGGGAACAUUUGUGUGCGCAGACAGCUUCCGAUCCCAACACACCGUUACAGAGUAUAUAUGGAAAGCAGGCUAUAAGUGGAUCAAAAAGUGUUAUACACUCGUAGCUGUUGUUUUUUGCCGCUGUCUUUGCUGUGGUCCUUGUCUGUCACCUCAUUAUUGCAGGUAUAAUGGUCUAACACUUAUUUUUUUUUUUAUAUAUCAGUUGUAGAUAGCAUGAAAGCAGCCCUUGAGUUGAUGAUAGAAGGUGUUCGUAUUGGAGACGAACUUUGAUGUUUUCUGAAUUUGUAACAAAUAUAUAGUCUUUGUGACAUAAUUUUGAACAUUUUCUUUACUCAAAACGUCUUUCAUUCACUUCAGUAAUUCCUGUUAUAAAUUUCAGUUUAAUUAUCUUGUUUUACUGUACAAUCUAAUUAACACCCUUAGUCCUCGCUGUUCAACACGGUAAAAACGGAGUUAAUAUGCGCUAAAAGUA